AUGGCGUUGAUUAAAGCAAGUCAAGCCCGUGCUGUAAGGGAGAAUCCGCAUGUAUCUCAUCAAUUUAACAUCUCGUCAUUUUUGGGCGAUCCUUUUGCCAUAGGCACACUUAGUAUUGCAUUGAUCUCAUGGAUCAUUGCAUUGGCGGGAUCCAUUGCUGUUGCAGCAUCUACGUCUCCAUUCCCAAGAUUUUCUUGGUGGACUAUAGUUUACGAGAUACUACUAAUGAUUACGCUUUUUAUCGUGUACUGUUUGGAUUUAGUUGACUACUAUAGAAUGUUCAUUACUUGUGCUGUUGGUAUCGCAUUCGUAUAUACUUCGAAUAGUACUAACAGUAUUGUGUACUAUGAAGGGUCCAAGAGUGGUGCAGCAGCAGCAGGAUUUAUCUUGUUAUCCAUGAUCAAUUUGGUGUGGGUGAUUUAUUUUGGUGGAGAUAAUGCAUCUCCAACCAAUAGAUGGAUCGAUUCGUUCUCACUACGCGGAAUUCGUCCUUCGGUGCUAGAGACAUCCAUGGCUAUUGCCAGAUCGCAGAGACUGCCGGUCAAACCUUCUUACCCAUACCAAUACCAGGAAGACUUGCGUUCAGCAUCUCUGCCUGAUGUCCACCACGAUGACGAAGGUGAGGGCCACAGUGGCAACAUGUAUGCGCCAGAACUUCAAUCGUCUACAAAGUAUGUGUCGUCUACAGUGCUGAACGGAUUUGAAAAUACAGAUCAUUCCUCUUCGAAACCAAACCUUGAUGUUAAUGCGCAAAAUACUGCUACACUGAAUACACAGGCCACUGGCACUUUCAUCACAGAUACCACCAAUGCCAACACAGAUACUACCAUGGGAGACACAUUAGGCCUAUACAGUGACAUUGGUGAAGAAUUAAACAGUUUCCCAUACACUGCAGAGGCUUUAUAUACCUAUCAAGCGGACCAAACUGACGCGUAUGAAAUAUCCUUCGAACAGGGCGAAAUUCUCAGGGUUGGUGAUAUCGAGGGUAGAUGGUGGAAAGCCAAGAAGUCAAACGGGGAAACAGGGAUUAUCCCAAGUAAUUACGUUAAGCUUUUGGAUGGGAAAUCACACUGA